AUGGCCAACUUCUACACGCGCAAGAGCCAGUCUCAAUCUAACGCAUCCAAGGACCGGAUAGUCGUCUCCAAAGAGGACUGGCAGAGUCGGAUAGCCGAGAUGCAGAUCGAUCGAGAUGACCUGAACCGACUCGUCAUGGACUACCUGGUCAUCGAAGGCUUCAAAGACUCGGCAGAAAACUUUGCCAGAGAGUCCGGAUUGGCACCGACUGUUGACUUGGAUUCGAUCGAGUAUCGCAUGGGGAUCAAGAACGCCAUUCAGCGUGGCGACGUCGACGAAGCGAUCACUAAAGUCAACGACCUCAACCCAGAGAUCCUCGAUCAAAACCCCGAUCUUUUCUUUCAUCUUCAGCAACAGAGGAUGAUCGAAUACAUCCGUCACGGACAGAUAGCCGAAGCACUCGCGUUCGCUCAACAAGAGCUUGCCCCGCGAGGGGAAGAGAACCCGGUGUUUCUAAGCGAGCUGGAACGCACCAUGGCCCUGCUAGCCUUUGACACCAGCCUCCCCGCGAAUGGCCCGACCUCGGCCACCAACCCCAACGCGCCGCCCCCACAUAUUCAAGAGCUCCUCUUGCCUUCGCAGCGUCAGAGAACUGCCGGGCAGCUAAACUCGGCCAUCCUCACCUCACAGUCUCACGGGAAAGACCCGAAGCUGCCGAAUCUCUUGCGGAUGAUGAUCUGGGGAGACUCGCUCCUCUCUGCUCGGGCUGACUUCUACAAGCCUGAUCUGGCUGACCUCCUCAACCGUACCGAGCCCGGCUCCUCCACCAAUCUUCCCACCGAGCCCCCACCACCUCCUCAUGGAGAAACCGAGAGCGCGAUGAUAGUCCUAUGA